UUUUUUGAAGCAGAGUGAGAAAAGGGUGGUUCUGGAGAGGAAUAGAGUUAGUAGGAUGCUCUUGGGAGAGUUAUUAUCAAGUCACCUCUUUUGCCAUUUAAAAUACCAGCAAAAUAAUCACUCUCUAGCAUUUCUCUUCACUAUUGGUGUUAGAGGAGUCGUUGCAUGGUGUGGAUUAGUUAGCGGCUCAUGAAUUAUACAAGAUCGAAAGCUAAAUGGGUGAAGGCCGUGGGACGAAGCAAGUUCGAGCUUGAUGGUGGCAAGGUGGGCGGUAGACUGAACUCUCCACGUUGUUUUACAUAAGACAUUUGAAGAUGGGUUUUCCCCAAAAUUUUGUUAUGAG